AUGGCCGGUCCCGAAGCAAAAGUCGAGCUGAAGUCUACCGUGUCGAAGGAUGGUACCCAGAUUGCAUAUUACGAGAUUGGUCAAGGACCAGGGCUGAUAAUCCUACAUGGCGCAAUGCAAUCCGGACUCAGUCACAGUGAACUUGCAUCUUUACUGUCGCAGAGUUAUACCUGCUAUCUUCCAGAUCGACGUGGGAGGGGGAAGUCUGGUCCUUCCGGGCGCAAUUACGGCCUAGUAAAAGAGGUCGAGGACAUUGAAGCAAUUCAUACUGCCACUAACGCAAAGUUCGUGUUCGGAGUAAGCUCUGGGGCGGUGAUAGCGUUGAAAGCUGCACUCAUUGCUCCUUCCUCUCAGAUAGAGCGAGUUGCGGUCUUCGAACCUCCUUGGUGGCCGGAUUACUUGGUCGAGGAAAGUACUUCAUGGGUUGGUCGCUAUGAGGAGGAGCUCAGUCGUGGCGAGAUUGCAGAAGCAUUGACAACCGCAAUGCUUGGUGUGAAAAUGGGGCCACCCCUUUUCCAAUCAAAGUAUUUUCCUCGACCAAUCCUAGUCCUCCUAUCAAAAUUAUUGAUGAAAGCAGACAAAGCUGCAAAUACAAAAAAGUCAAAGAGCAGCUCUUGUAAACAACAUGCUUAUGAUUAUCCAACAUUUGAAGAACUUGCACCUACACUACGGAAUGACAUUCAGGUCACUAGCGAGAUGUUCGGUGAGCAGAACUUUGAUACACUGGCGGAUAUUGAUAAAGAGGUGUUCAUCAUGGGUGCAAGCCGAAGCCCUGACUACCUAAAGAAUGCAGUCCGGGUACUCAAGAAAAUCCUUCCGCACUCUACGUGGGUGGAACUUCAGGGCUAUGACCAUGGAGUGACGGGCAACAGAUCGUAUCAUGGCGAUCCAGAGGUUGUCGCUCGGGAGCUACAGCGCUUUUUCGCUCAACCACAAGAAGUGCAGACCUCACCACAACAUCGGCAUGAUACAACCUGA